AUGGAUGCAUCUAAUAUUCGGCCUACUGAGAGUCCACCACGGAAAGAUCUCAGAGGGCGUCUCUCUGAGGACGAGGUCUUCUGGAGAGAUCACUAUGUCUGGCUUCUAGAAUGUGGCUACCGACUCCAGCCGAGAUACCAUCCUGACUGGAAACCAUCCUGGGAAGGAACCGACAAGUUGUGGAUGACAUGCGUAGAUGGUUCAGGUCCUCAGCAUUACAGCACGAUGGCUGCCGAGCGCGUCUCUGAUGGCGAACUACUCACGUUCAAAACACUAUCCAAAUCCAUAUUUCCUCACGAAAUAGAGAUUGGUCAAUAUUUCUCGACGGCACCCUUAUCAAAGGAUCCUCGCAAUCACUGUGUGCCGAUAUACGACGCUUUGCAGGUUCCUGACAACGACGACAUAUGGUUAUUAGCAAUGCCGCGCCUUCGAGCUCACGACGAUCCCCGGUUUGAUACUGUUGGCGAAGGAGUGGAAUUCUUUCGCCAGAUAUUCGAAGGAUUACAGUUCAUGCACCAGCACCACGUUGCACACCGAGAUGCGACCUACAUGAACAUUAUGAUGGACGCUCGACUACUAUAUCCCGAAGGAUAUCAUCCGUUCUUGCCAUGGCGCAACCCUAACAUGAGUGGCUCCGCUAAGCACCUUACUCGAACACAACGGCCUGUCACGUAUUUCCUGGUGGAUUUCGGUCUGUCUCGUAAAUACAGCCCAGAAGAACGCCCUCCGCUUGAACCCAUUAUCGCAGGUGGGGACAGAUCCGUGCCGGAAUUCGCUACGACGAAGGCAUGUGACCCAUUCCCCACCGAUGUCUAUACCUUGGGUAACUUAGUCAAGAUGUACUUUUUGGACGGUGACGAAUUUACCAGUUCUCGAUCUGGAUUCGAGUUCAUGAGGCCACUCGUUACUGAUAUGACACAGGCCGACCCUUCUAAACGGCCGACUAUGGAUGAAGUUGUGGAACGGUUCGAAACCAUUAGGAAAGGCCUCAGUUCAUGGAAGCUUCGCAGUCGGGUGGUCAAAUCAAAAGACUCAUAUUUCAUGGGCUUCUUCCGUGGUAUCAGACAUUGGCGACGCCGUAUUGUCUUCAUUGUCAAACGUGUUCCUCCAUUGCCCACUCCGAAUUAG